AUGCCACAACUUCCCCUCCGAAUAGCCGUUCUCGAAUGCGGCGCCCCCCUCCCGAAAACUGCCUCAAAAUACGGUGGUUAUGGCGGCGUCUUCAAAGCCCUCCUAAACUCCGCAGCAGACACACUGUCCCACCCGGUUCUAUCCUCCUCUUCCGACCUGGCAAUCACCAGUUUCGAUGUGGAAAACGCUCAAGUGUACCCCUCACUAGAAGACAUAGACGCGAUCCUCAUCACCGGCUCGAAAUUCAAUGCGUUUGACAAUGAUCCUUGGAUUGUGAAGCUGGUGGAGUUUGUGCAGGUGAUAUUGAAGCAGAGGAGGGUGAGGAUUAUAGGGGUCUGUUUUGGACAUCAGAUUGUGGGUAGGGCGAUGGGGGUUAAGGUGUACAGGAGUGAGGAGGGGUGGGAGGCGAGUGUUACGGCUAUGGAUUUGACGAAGAGGGGGCAGGAGAUUUUUGGGAAGUCUGCAUUGGCAUUGCACCAAAUGCAUAGAGAUAUUGUAUACGAAUACCCGGAAGGAGUCGAGGCGCUGGCAUAUACAGAGAAAUGUGCUGUGCAGGGAAUGUAUGUUUCAAAGAGGUUUAUUACGGUACAAGGACACCCGGAGUUUAAUGAAGAGAUUGUGAGGGAGAUUUUGGACACUAGACAUACGCUUGGUAUCUUUGACGCUGCUACGUAUCAAGAAAUGCUUGCGAGGGUGGACAAGUACCAAGAUGGUGUUGUUGUUGCACAAGCGUUUUUGAGAUUUUUGUUGGAGGAAUGA